AUUCGUCUCGGCCAAAAAAUGGAAUUAACACGUGAAAAUUUUCGUACGAUAAUUUUUCACAACUUCCGACGCGGAUUAUCACGACAAGAUUGCAUUGAUGAACUUAAAUCUUUGUAUGGCGAUGAAGUUCCAUCCUAUAGCACUGUGAAAAACUGGUUUAAUGAAUUCAAUCGUGACCGACGCUCGCUCAACGACGAAUUCUGUGAAGGUCGUCCAAAAACGGUCUUUGUGCCAGAGAACAUUGAUGCCGUGCGUGAACUGAUAAUGCAAGAUCGUCAUGUGUCAUAUCGUGAGAUAGAGGCAUCCUUGGGCAUUUCUCCCACCAGCAUACAUUCGAUAUUACAAGAACAUCUGGCCGUAAAAAAGGUUUGUUCUCGUUGGAUCCCGCACAAUUUGACAAUCGCUCAAAAAAAGGCUCGUGUUGAUUGGUGUAAAGAAAUAGCAGCGCAAAAAGUAGCAACAGAAUUGAUACGUUAA